AUGUCGGUCCUUCGGCUUGGUCUAUGUAUCCUCGGAGUCUACUCCAUGUUUCUACUAUGGGCCGUGGCGCAGGAACGAUUAUCGGUUCCAUUCCAACACAUAGAUGGUCAAUCAACAGACAAGUUUAAGUCUGCUCUCUUCAUUGGGACCUGCCAGAGCUUCCUGAGCUCGCUAUCUGCCCUCGCAUACAUAUUAAUCCGUGGCAAAUCAGGGUCAUCACUAUCAUCUCUACUGGGUCUGGACUUCGCCUCUAUGUCACAGGCAAAAGAUUCAUCCAAUUCCAAAACAAAUGGAUCCUCGAGCACUAAAGUCUCCAUCAACGGCCAUGCCCGUCCCUCAAAAGCACCAUCACAUAAUCCUUCAUCCACCCCCAAAGGUCUCCUACUACGCUACCUUCAAGUCUCAGCUUUCAUCACACUCGCCGCCCCCUUCGGCUUCGCGGCCCUCUCGUAUAUCACCUAUCCUACAAUGGUCUUGGGAAAGUCCUGCAAGCUCGUCCCAGUGAUGCUCAUGAAUUUCGUCAUGUACCGGAGGCGCUUUGCCCCGCAUAAAUAUGUCGUCGUCGCAAUGGUCACAGCUGGCAUCAGUGUCUUCAUGGGCUUCGGAAAUGAAAAGCCGUCAAAAGCCUCAUCCAAUGGCGAGCAGGCGCCUCAUGGUCAGCUGAUUGGCAUCCUAUACCUUGUUAUCAAUCUUAUCCUCGACGGCGCGGUAAACUCGACGCAAGAUGAGGUGUUCGUUCGAUACAAGGUGACCGGGCAACAGAUGAUGCUCUGGAUUAAUAUCUUUUGCACCCUGUUGAGCACCGCGCUUGGAACCCUUCCCUUGCCGCAUAUCCCUGUGAUUCACCCCUCGAGCGGUUUACAAUCAGAGUUCGCAAACGCAAUUGGGUUUAUAAAGACGCAUCCUUCUGUCGUUGUACCCCUAAUCCAGUUUUCUUUGACUGGAGCUCUUGGGCAACUUUUCAUCUUCGAGACGUUACAGCAUUUUGGAUCACUCACUUUAGUGUUCGUAGUCCUUCUCUGGCGUUUCUGUUACACCUUGUGCUUAUCGCAAAUUGGCAGAAUGAUCACGUUGACAAGAAAGAUGUUCACCAUGGUUCUCUCUGUGGUAGUUUACGACCACAAACUCACCCUCGGGCAGUGGGCAGGCGCGGGCAUCGUGUUUGGAGGGAUCUCAGUUGAGGCGUGGGUAAAACGCAAAGAGGUCCAUGCGAAGCGCGUUUUACAGGAGAAAGAGAAGGCAAAGAUCAAAUCACUAUAG